AUGACCUUCGGAAAUCUGUUCCUGACAGACGCCUGCAAGGCAUAUCUCACCACCAAAAUGCCGGCAGGAACAAACGCGACCACUCUUCCUGUGGGUCAUCGGAUCCUCCUCCUAUCGCUCCCCUUGCUCGUCCUCUCGGAGCACAAAUCCAGGUUCCAUGGCGGGGUCGUGCUCUUCAAGAUGAUUUCCUCAGCCAGCUUUCUUGUCGGCCCAAUAACCCAGGUCGCCAACUCCCAAUCAACGGAGCUAUCUCCGCAUACUCUCGCGAUAACAAUCGGCCUACUCUGCUCCAUGGUCGGCGACUUCUUCCUCCUACCCAGUCGCAGUGAAUUCCACCGAGCAACUACUACUUCCAGUAGUAGCAAUGGCAGUACUCAGGUCUCAGCUUCUUUCCAAGCCGGGAUUGUCGCCUUUGCAGCAGCCCACAUUGCAUAUAUCAUCGGUUUCCUGAGCACCGCCCAGGCCACCUCAUAUCCCGCACUGCUCACCACCUUCGUUGCAACAUUCGUCCUGGCGAAAUGGCUGGGCGUCAUCUAUCCUUCCUCAUCUUCGUCGGUGUGGAGCAAUAUCCUGAACCUAACGCUCCCAUCCGAGAUGAAGCCGCUCGUCCUGGUCUACGCGAUAAUCAUCAGCACCAUGUUCGCUGUUGCGGUUGCCGUAUCAGACGCCACGCCCGUGUCGUCAAAUGCGUCCCUGCUUUCCCAGAGAGUAGUCGGCGCCGCCAUGUUCGUCGUGAGCGACAUCUUUGUCGCAGCCAAUGCGUUUGGGGACGGGAACACUAGGCCGGGGGCCUCUGACAAGCGGGGUAUCGUCAGGAUCGCCCUCGGGUAUGGGCUGUACUUCUGGGGCCAGAUGGUGAUUGCUGGGACUGUGGAAGGAUUGUAG